GCGGCGGCAGCAUGGCGGCGCCGUGAGGGAGGCGCGGGCGGCCAUGGCGGGCUGGCGGGUGCCGGUCGUGGACGUGCAGAGCGACAACUUCACGGAGCUGUGGCCCUCCAUGGUGCUGGCCGUGCGCACCGCCACCUUCGUCGCCGUGGACACGGAGCUGAGCGGCCUCGGCGCCAGGAAGUCGCUGCUGAGCCCGUGCAUCGAGGAGCGGUACAAGGCUGUGUGCAGCGCUGCCCGAACGCGCUCCGUGCUGUCGCUGGGAAUCGCGUGCUUCAAACAGCUCCCCGAAAAGCCUGAGAACACCUACCUCUCCCAGAUCUACAACUUGACGCUCCUCUGCAUGGAAGAUUACAUCGUCGAGCCCCAGUCAGUGCAGUUCUUGGUGCAGCACGGCUUUGACUUCAACAAGCAGUACUCUCGGGGGAUCCCCUACCACAAGGGCAAUGACAAGGGCAAUGAGAACCAGAGCCAGAGCGUUCGGACCUUUUUUCUGGAACUUAUACGAGCAAAGAAGCCCCUCGUUCUCCAUAAUGGCCUGAUUGAUCUGGUGUUCUUGUACCAGUGCUUCUAUGCUCACCUUCCAGACAGCCUUGGCACUUUCACUGCUGACCUCUCAGAAAUGUUUCCAGCAGGAAUAUACGACACUAAAUAUGCUUCUGAGUUUGAGACCCGCUUUGUAGCAUCCUAUUUGGAAUACGCUUACAAGAAGUGCAAGCGAGAAAACUGUAAGCUGAAGGACACCAGCAGCCAGCACCUUACCAUCGAGUUCUGCAACUACCCUGCCAACAUGUCUUGCUACAUCGAUUAUCGCUACUGUUCUUUGGAAGAGACAAGACACACUGUGGGGGAGGCAAAUAAGGUGCCUGUCUGCGAGAAAUUUUCAGCCUAUGGAUGGUGCCCAAAUGGAUUGAAGUGUCCCCAGUCUCAUAAUAUUGACCUCAUAAUUGAUGAGGAUGACAAGCUUUGGGAGGAGAAGCGGAAGAAACGGAAGCACAAAUGGAAACGUCGAAAGAAUGUAGAAGGGUCUGCAAAGGAAUUUGAGCAGGAAAGCUCAGGGAAAGAAAUAGAGCUAGCUCAGAAUGGGGAGGAGGGACCACCACGAAAACAGAGCAGCUGCUGGCUCAGAGAGACAGCUAUGCAGCUGGCAGAGAUCAUAUGCAACACUGAGGGUGGGCAGCUGGAGGGGACUGACAUGGAACCAGAGGUUAGUUCAGACACCAGCACACAUGCCAAAGUGGAGGAUGAUUUGGGGAGCACUGAAGCAACUGCUGUCCCCUUAGAAGCCUCCAUGAGCCCUUCUGCCAAGGGAAAUGGCUCUGACAGUGACCAAGUGGAAGGGAAAUCAGAGGUCCCUGCUGGGGCAGGCUCAGUCAGUCACCCAAACAGCUCUGAGACUGAAACUGCAUCUGCUGCAGGAAAGCAAAGGGAAUCCCAGGCCCUCCCUUCUCAGGGGGGCACCCACCGAGCUGGCUUUGAUGCUUUCAUGACUGGCUAUAUAAUGGCUUAUGUUUGGAUGCUCAAGAAAGGAAAAAGCACGGACACUGGUGCAGGGCCAUGGUUGCCAGACUGUCAUAAUAAACUGUACCUCAGUGGGAAAUCAGUGCCACUUCAAAUAGUGAAGAGCUCGUUUUCUAAAUCUUCCAAAGCUCACAGCCAGAAGAUGAAGUUGGCCUGGGCCAGUGGCUAGAGCUAGAAGACUCUCAGAAUUGUUUUGUGUCCCCCCACCCCAAGUUUUGAAGGUCUUGACUUUAUUCUAUCAAGAACUGACCAAGAAGGAAGCAAAUUUCUUAUUCCUGCUUUUGCUUUAACUUCUGACCAAUUAAAUUGCUCUCAAUUGGA